UAAUUACAUUGCAACUUCAUUAGAGAGAAACAGAAGUUGAAAAAUGGAGAAAGUUCUUGUUUACUUCCGAAAGAAAUUUUCUAGUAAAGAUUCACGCCUCGAUAAUCUAGAUGAAGUUUUUACUAGUUUUUGUAGAACUCCAUUACACAAAGCAGUGAUGCGUGGUGACAUUGAACAUGCGGAAAAAAUAUUAUCUUUAAAACCCGAUCUUGCAUUAAAAGAAGAUACACAAGGAUUUACUCCACUUCACCUUGCUUCUGCGAGAACAAGUCUUCAGAUGGUGAAAUUGUUGCUAAAGGCCAGACCUGCUGCUUGUCUAGUGCAAGAUCAAGAUGGAAGGACGCCUCUACAUCUAGCAGCUAUGAAGAAUCGAGUGGAGAUCAUCAAAGUACUUAUGGAAGAAGGAUUACCCGAAUCAAUUCACCUAAAGAAUCGUCAAAAUGGUGAUACUAUACUACACUUUUGUGUAAAAAGUGACACUAAUUUGAAGACUCUUAAACUAUUGGUACACUACUUGGUUCUUGCGCAACCACCAUACCCGAAUUCUAUAUCUAUCAACUCCACAGACAAUGAUGGAAACACAGUCUUGCACCUAGCUGCAGCAACGCGGAACAUGAAGAUUGUGAAGUAUUUACUAGAGAAUAACAAGAUAAGAAUAGAAGUAAAUGCAGUAAAUAAUAAAAACUUCAAAGCCUUGAAUAUAUUACCGCAAGCUGAAAAGAAUGAUCUAGAAAUUGGUUUUUAUGAUUACCUUGGACGCCGUAAGAAGCAUAAGAACAAUAAAUCAUCUGAACAUGGCAAUGACCAUGAAUGGUGGAAAGAGAGGGUGAACGCGUUGCUGGUGGUGGCCACAUUGAUAGCAGGAAUCGCCUUUCAAGCUGCAAUAAAUCCUCCAGGGGGGAUUUUGCAAGAUGACGAUAAAGUUGACUCUGGUAAUGAACCUGUUACUUUUACUUAUUAUCUUGAUCGUAUGUUUCGCACCCGUAUGGCUAUGGAUUUGGAUGAUUACAUAAACAAACACUUGCAUUUGAAUCCUAGUACUGGUCGUCCAAUUAAAUUGCAUGUGAAUUCUAGUACGGGUCGCUCAAUCAAGGUCAAAAAAUUUGUCACCGAGCUGAGGGAUAUUAUUACUAAUGAAGUUAAUGAACCAGAUGACGAUAGAGAUUACCAAAUGGCGGAUCAAGGUUUAAUUUUGGAAGAUUCUGAGUUUACUGAUAUUGUUUCAUUUUACAAUAAUAGCGAUGGCGUUAAUGGUUCUUUCCCCUAUCUAGUGCGCUACGCUGGAUACCCUAUAAUGGCUUACAGAGACCCGGAUAAGUACGUGGUUUACAUGGCUACUAACUUGGUUGCAUUUUUUGUGUCUCUGGCUAUAAUUUUAUGGAUCAUCUGUGGUUUCGUGAAUGAUCCAUCUCUUGCUGAAGUCCAAAUUCUUGUUUGGUUGAUGUGCAUUUCAAUCGGAUGUAUUGCCUUCGCUUAUUUUGUUGUUAUAGAUUCUGUGAUGCCAACCUUUUAUGUUAGGGGUACUUUAAGUACUAUAAGCACUAUAUACUUUACAAUCUGCUGCGUCUGCGGAAUUGUCCUCUUCCUUUGGACUUUGAUAUCAAGGAUAGUUAAGCUACAAAAGAGGCAUCUCAUUGGAGUUGAUUACCUUAAAGCUCUCUUCCGUGUGAAGGCAAGCAGUGCCAUAGGAAAAUUGAUUUUCUUUGCUGUUGCUAUCUUUGGUUUCUACUCCCUCCGUCUAGCAGUACCGUUUUUAUUUAAUUUCUUAGUUGUGUGAGAGACAGAGAGGGUAUCUCUCUGUAGUUUCCUUAGUUUUCCUAAGAAAUACAAGAUCCAGGAGCUUUCUUGGUUUGUGUAUUGAAAAAUUGUAAUUUGUUCUCUUUUUGGGUUAAAACCAUGUGUGUGUAAGAUUGGUUGUGCUCGCUUAUGAUUAUUCAAGAGUAUACAAUAAGAUCUUAGUUU